CUUUUCGUAGUGGUUGAGAAAAAGGAGAGCGGGGAGUUUGUGGGGAUGGCUGCGUUGAAGAUAGAUAUUCCAAAGAAUGCGGACGCUGAACUUGGAAUAUGUCUCGUCAAGAAGUGCUGGGGUCAAGGAUAUGGGACCGAGAUCAUGGAAUGGCUGGUCGGAUAUGGAUUCAAGGGGAUGGCCUUGCACAGGUUCUCCCUUGGUCUCUUCUCCUUCAACAACCGGGCCCUGUCGCUGUAUAAGCAUUUUGGUUUUACUGUAGAAGGAGUAAAACGCGAAGCUCUUUGGUUCGAGGGAAAAAGGGCUGACAUAAUGUGGAUGGGACUUUUGAAA